AUGGCGGCCAAAGCUUUAAUAUCAGAGGAAGAUUUAACCUGUCCUGUGUGCUGUGACAUCUUCAGGGAUCCCGUUUUCCUGCUGUGCAGUCACAGUUUCUGUAGAGUCUGUCUGCAAAAGUUCUGGGCAGCCAAAGGAUUUCAGGAGUGUCCAAUUUGUAGGAAAAGAUCAUCGAAACGUCCACCUCCUUCUAACCUGGUGUUAAAGAACCUGUGUGAGACUUUCUUAGUGGAGAGAAGUAAGAUAUCUUCAACAGAGUCUGAGGAGUUCUGCAGUCUGCACAGUGAAAAAUUCAAGCUCUAUUGUCUGGAGGAUAAACAGCCUGUGUGUGUGGUGUGUCAGACUUCAAAAAACCACAAAAACCAUGAAUUGUGUCCAGUAGAUGAGGCUGCACAUGAUCAGAGGGAGGAACUCAAGAUUUCACUGAGGCCUUUAAAGGAGAAACUGAGGUUCUUUAAAAAAGCAAAACUGGCCUAUGAUAAAACAGCAGAAUACAUAAAGACUCAGGCUAAACACACAGAGACACAGAUUAGGAAAGAGUUUGAGAAACUUCAUCAGUUUCUACGAGAUGAAGAGGCAGCCAGGAUAACUGCACUGAGAGAGGAAGAGGAGCAGAAGAGUCAGAUGAUGAAGAAGAAGAUUGAAGAGAUGAGUGGAGAGAUUUCAUAUCUCUCAGACACAAUCAGAGCCAUAGGAGAGGAGAUCAAAGCUGAAGACAUUUUGCUCCUUAAAAACUUUGAGGCCACAAAGAAAAAAGCCCAGUGCACACUGCAGGAUCCACAGAUGGUUUCUGGAGCACUGAUCAAUGUGGCAAAGCACCUGGGCAACCUGAAGUUCAGAGUGUGGGAGAAGAUGCAGGACAUUGUUCAAUACAAUCCCGUAAUUCUGGACCCCAACACUGCUCACCCAGAACUCAUCCUGUCUGAGGAUCUGACCAGCGUGAGACUGAAUGAUGAAAGGUACCAGCUCCCCGAUAAUCCAGAGAGAUUUGAUUGGUACAUCUGCGUCCUGAGCUCUCGGGGCUUUAACUCGGGGACGCACUGCUGGGACGUCGACGUCGGGGACAAUACGCACUGGAUCUUGGGCGUGACCGCGGAGUCAAACCAGAGGAAGGGAGAGAUGCUCUUUAACACAGGAGUGUGGGGAGUGCUGUGCAGAGAGGGUCUGUGGAGGUCCCGCUCCCCGGCGUCGGAGUCCUGGACUCCCUUUACCGUGAGUGAAACACUCCAGAGGAUCAGAGUGGAGCUGGACUGGGACGGAGGAAAACUCGCGUUCUCUGAUCCUUUAAAUAACACGCAGAUACGCACUUUCACGCACGCUUUUACCGAGAGAGUUUUUCCGUGCUUCUAUUGUCAUUGCAAACGCUCCCCUUUGAAGAUUUUACCUGUGAAAUGUUCUGUAACAACCAGUCAGGUUAUAGUAACAAACAAAGCUCAUUAG